UUCUUGGGUAAGUAAUCAAUGCCCAUGUAGGCGCCAGUGGCUCCCUCUGCAGUUCCUGUCCGACCGCUGCUACAACCCUCGGCUAUUGCAGCAGCAGCAGCACCUUCUCUCGGCCGGCCGCCGCCGCCUUGCCCUGCGGCCAAAGCUAGGCCCAGACGUCGCCGUCGGAAAGGGACUUGAAGAGCGACCCGCAAAGCGGCUCUUUCCCGUUUCUGCUUCCGGGGAGAGCGGCUCGGAGCUCCUAAAGCCGCUAGGAAGGAGAGGGCGUGCUUUGGGGAUGGCGAAAGGCGUAGCUGGCCCCAGCAGCCGCGGCUUUCCUCAGCAACUGCUAGCGCUGCUCCUCAGUGGCGUCUUAAGCCUGACCUGCUGGAACCCGCCACAGGCGGCAAGCGCGCAGCCGGCUGUGCCCUGCCAGGCCCCGCUACAGUGGGAGGGGCGCACGGUGGAGUACGACCACAGCACCGGCAGGAACACGCGAGCAGCUGUCGCUUACGACGGUCCUAACCAGCGCCUCCGGAUACUGGAGGAGAGGAAGGGGCUCAUCCCUUGCAAGAAAUUUUUUGAAUAUAUAUACCUUUACAAAGAUGCAGUGAUGUUUCAGAUUGAGCAAGUAACAAAGCUGUGUUCUAAGAUUGCUUUGAGUGACCCAUGGGAUCCUUAUGAUAUUCCUGACAACUCAACCUAUGAAGAUCAGUACUACAUUGGAGGACCUGAUGACCAAAUCAUGGUACAGGAAUGGUCUGAUAGAAAACCAGCUAGGAAACUUGAAACCUGGGUUGGAGUUUACACAGUCAAGGACUGCUAUCCAGUUCAGGAAACCUACACCAAGAACUACAGCGUGACAACCUCCACCCGCUUCUUUGAUCUAAAGCUUGGCAUAAGUGAUCCAUCUGUAUUCACCCCUCCUAGCACCUGCCAGUCAGCACAGUUAAAAAAGAUGAGCAAUGAAUGUUAAUUGUGAAUCUUGUCUUUUACAUGCAAACAAAUAUACAUACAUAUAUCUAUAUGUAAUGUAAAUUAUCAUUAAUCAUCAACUGCUGGCAUCUAACAUGGCUGUUGCACUUUGCAGAAUUGAGGGCUUAGGGAACGGGACAUCUUAAUUGACUAGAGAAAGGGAGAAAGCCAUCUCUUAAUCAGUGUCUCAUUCUAACACUGUCCUCAUAUUCUAUACUUGCCAGGGUAGUAUUUGUUUUAGCUGUUACAUUUUUUUUUUGAAGAAUCUGUUAUUUAUUUUUCUAAGAGGUAUAUUGUGCUCCUACAAGCAUAUGAAAAUAUGACUUACAUUUGUUAAUUCUGGAGAAGUGGGUAGACUAUAUUACACGCAGGAUAUAAGGCAUUACCAUAAAAUGGCACCAUUAGCCGAUUCCAUCUAGAGAUUUCCUUACUUUUUUGGAAGCUGUUACAGUGAGUGAGUUUUUUGGCAAAAAAUCUAGGAUAACAAUAGUCAUAUAACAAGUAUCUGGUAUGAUAUUAGGAAUAUCGAAAUUAUGCCUAAGGAUACUGCUCUCAUAGGGUCUGAUGAGAUUUCCUUCCUUUUCUUGCACUCCUUAUAUAUGCUUUCUCAAGGCAAUGCUUCUUUGAAUUUAUGCAAAAACAAUUGUUUUACUUGUCUUAGCAGUCUCUUUUUAAAUCUUAUGUAGGUGGUGUCUUAUCAGAAAAGUAUGUUUGGCAACAUACAAUACGAUCUGUUAUUAAGAAAUGACUGGGAUGUAUAGGUGUUACUCUGUUGGUCCAAAAGAAUAGAAAAUACAGCUAAGUUAAACUACCUGUGACUAGCAAGGAUAUAGGUGGCCAACAGGGACACCACUUCAGGCUUUGGUAGUUGAGGGCAAAAAAGGUUUCAGUGUGGGUGGUAAGAUUUAAUGGCAAGUUCAAAAGUCUGCUCUUGGAUAUAUUCAGGAUUAAACAGCAGAAACAAAAAACUCACAGUAAAUAUAGAUACUAUUUGUUGUGGAUACUGGGCCUAUUUGUUGUUAACCUGGACCUACAAGUUCAGCUAUCCCUUGCACUGAAGUCUGCUGCUAUUCGUUUGCUUUCCUUUAUUUUUACGAUAGCCUUUAAUUUUGUUGUCAUUUACCGUUUUAUUUGUAAGCCACACCUGAGUUUGAUUUUUAUCACAGAAGGUGUGGGAAGUCAGUAAAUCAAUGGAGAAGCACCUUGCAGGAGCCUCUGUGUAUUCAUCAAUCAAUCUACAGAGCUCUGGACUCGGUAUCAUUUUAGAAGUCUCAGUGAAAUUGGGGGUCAUUUGCCCUUACUGCCAGGAAAAAGGACAUAUUUUAUAAAGAAAGGAGGAGGGCAUUGCUUCUUUAGUACAUAUAAGAAUUACAUACCAAUAAAUGGUGGGGUAGAUCUUCAGUAGCCCUUCCUUCCACAUGUUCAGUCUACAUGUGAUUAGGAAGUGACAUGCUGUGCCUUCCUCCUGUGAGUUCAGUGGAAGUGUGAAGGGUCUUCAACGCAUAUACAUGCCUCUCAGUCAUAGAGUGCUUUUCAUGCCUUCUACUCAAAGCAUAGAGGUUGGAGAUGGGGAAUCAGGUGGAAUCCUGCUCCCCAGUCACAUGCUGACUGGGCUUGUGGAAGGGAAGGAGAGAACAGGAUUAGUAUCUUUCAUCAGACAGGGUCAAAAUGAGAGCACUAAUCAGUGCCUUUAAAUAUGACAUGGCCUAAGGAGCUUGCAACCUAAAAUCAGAGCUUGGAAAAGUUACUUUUUUGAAUGACAACUCUCAUCAGCCCAAUCCAGUGGCCAUGGUGCCUGGGGCUGAUGGGAGCUGUAGUUCAAAAAAGUAACUUUUCCAAGCUCUGUCUAAAAUUUGACACAAAGGGCAAUGGAAAGAGGGGAUGAAAAUGGGAAUGAGGAUAAAUGGGAAUAUGCAGUCACUUUUGUUACACAUACUUGGCUUUGGUAUCUACCAGGGGGUGAGAACUAGAGUUAAGCCAAAGACUUCAGAGAAAUAGUGGGUUUUGAGGAAAUAUUUGAAGUGAGAGAGAGCAAGCAUCAGAUAACUGUUCUGGGAGGGAGCUUCAGCUGUAAGAGGCAGCAAGGAGAAAGGGCAGAGUUGUUGAAGAAAGCAGACCUUCAGGCAACUGAGGGUAGUGGAACUGGAAAAGUGAAGGCCGUGGGCAGGGAUAUAUUGGGAUCCAAGGUCAGACUGAUAAGGGACAAAAAUUGUGGAGAGCUUUUGAAGGUAAGGAAGAGAAUUUAUGAUUGAUCCAGCAGCAGACAGGAACACACUUUGGGAUUUCAAGAGAGCUGUCAUAUGGUCUGAAAUUGAAAAGAGGAAAAGAGAUUAAUUAUUUUGGUGGCAAAAUUUUGGACAGAGGCGAGAAGGCUGAGGUGUAGUAUCAGAAUGUCAGAUAGGAGAUGGUUGCAGUAGUCAAGGAGGGAGCUAGAACAGGUGCAAUAUAAAACAGGUGAGGAACCGCCAGCUCACAGGCUCAGUGCAGCCUCCAGUUGGGUUUGUGAAAAACCUAUUGGGGUUAAUGCUUCCUGUGUCCUGUGACUGACAAUUGCUCUUGUCACAAGGAGGUAUGAAAAAAACCAUCUUCUGUUGCAUCAAUGGAAGGCUUUUUUCCAAGCCUGUCACUGCGCCGGGGGUAUGUGUGCACGAUAUUCCUGGAGACUGCAGGUGGGGCUGAUGGGAGUGGUAGUCCAAACUAUCUGGAGGGCACCAGGCUGGGAAAGGCUGUAACAUAGAAAUGUUUUCCAAGUUAAUGGCUUGCUUCGCUUAUAGAGCACAGCAUAUUUUACUAUCUCUCAGAGUUCUUGAUACAUAAGAAUUUUAAUUCAGAUAGCAUUUGCUGAGAGCAGAUAAAUAAGCAUGCUCAAAUUUAAUUCAUUACCACUGCUAAUUUUCUCAUACAUGAACCAAUGUGCCAAUGGCUUUUACGUUAUUAUGUAUUUAACUUGUGAGACCAAUGUAUUUUUUGACAAAUAGCACAUUAUUGUUAAUAGACAAAGAAGGCUUCUUCCCUUCAUUAAACCCACAAAAUGUAACCAGAAUCUUGAUUAAAAGUUAUGGAACUGGGAGGUUUUUGGGGAUAAUCCCAUUGUUCCAUGUGCUUGUCGGUCAGGGAGACAGAGUGUUCCUAUGUCUUGAUGAUGAUUGUUCUUCGUUCUUGAAUUGUCAUAAGAAUCAUUCUAGCUUUUCUAUUUUAUGCACCUUUGAAGAAUUCUUGAUCACAAAGUGUGAGUAGACUGUUGAAGUGGGAGCUGAAUAAAUAUAUAUGUGCCCUUUCUCAUAGAGAAUCAAGCUAUGGAUAUAUUUCUCAGCUUUGUUCUGCCAACCAAAUAAAUAGAUUUAUCAAAAAAAAGAACAUGGAGAGGACAAUUCUUCCAAAUUUGCAUUGAUUGUACUAUCUCAAAUAUUGCUUGAUACUAUUCAAAAACAGACCAACAAAUCAAGGUGGUGGUUCUUUCAUUGUAAUUUGCAUACUCAUUCAGUGCUCAUUUCAGGCUCACUCUCCCAGGCAAAACUGGUUCCAGCCCCUGACAGCUGGGUAUGAAUCACAUUUCCAAGUUCUUGUAAAAAAGAGCAGCUGAAUUGUCCAUUGAUAAACCAGAUGUUAAAUGUUAUCGACCAUCAAAUUAUACAAAAACCUAAAGAGAAAGUUGUCUCUUCACUUUCACAUUAGUAACACCUCAUUGGGAACACAGUAUCAAAUAUUUAUUUGUUUUGAGUUAUAGGCUCUUCCAUCCCAAAGGCUUGGAUCUGAUAACAAUGUUUAAAUAUUAAAUCCUCAGUUAUAUUAUUAAGAACUAAGAAGAGCCCUGCUUUAGCCCACCAAAGGACUGUCUAGCCCUGUCUCCCACAGUGGCGAGCCAGAUAGCUCUGGGAAGCCCACAAAUAGGACAUGGGGCAAUAGCGAACUGUUGUACCCCAGCAACUGUUAUUCAACCACAUGCUCCUGCUGAUCCUCAAGGUACUAUAUAACCAUCAUGCUAGUAGCCAUAGAUAGGCUUAUGCUCCAUGAAUUCCAGAUGGAAAUCUUCUGUUUGGCAUAUUGAUCAACAGUCCUUUGGGACAGUGAACUUAACCAGUUUUACCUGAUAUAGGGUAAAUUCUGCCUUAUGAUUUGUCAGGUUUAUCUGAGCAACCUGGGGUGGGAGAGUUCACCCCAAGAUUAUUGUUGUUUAUAUGAGCUCACUGCCCUCAGUGUGGGACUAGUGCACAGUAACACCAGCUAUCUAGCCUUACCAGAAAAUGAGACACUCAAAUCAUGAUUUUGCUGGAACAUUGCCUUGGCAGCAAAUGAUCCUGAAUACUGCUAAGUAAGGCCUGGAUAAUUUUAGCGCAGAGCAUGAAAUUCAAACCUCUAGCUUUUUAAAGCGAUGCAGACUGUAACACAGAGUGUCAAAUUAGCCAGUGUGGCUUCCAGAAUGUCAGGCGUUUGUUUAUUAGAGCUGGCCAAAGCCAUCUGGUGUGAGGCCCUCAAGUUUUUCCCCUUGCAGAAACUUUGCCAAGUUUGCCCAACCCUAUUUUAACCUGAGGUGAGCUCAGUUAAAACUCCCUGGCUCUUUUCUGAAGCUCUGCGCACAAAAAAACCUUUCCAAAAACACUAGAGUCUGCAAUUCCAUGCCCACUUCCCUGGAAAUUAGAUCCAAUGAACUUGGUGGGACUUACUUUUGAGUUUACAUGCCUGGGUUUGCACUACCAAGAGUUAUUGUAGUGAAAUGCCUGUAUAAGUGUGCAAAAAUGGAAUUGUGUUUUAUGUAGCCUACCCUUUGCACAUUUGUAGCUUUCUUGAGAAAUGAGUAUUGCACUUUUUCCUCAGCUUCUCAGUUGGACCUGAAAAGCUAGAUGGGAAGGGAAAUAAUAAAAUUAGUAAGUUGUUUUGAACAUGUAACUUAAUAUGUCUUAAAUGUACACACCGUUGUUGUUGUUGUUAUACUGUUUU